UCUCUUCCCAGCUCAUCAUCAACAAAAUCAUCCAGACAAAACAUUUUCUUAUCAACCUGUCUUCGGAGUUCCACAAUUAUAACAGAAACAACCAAACAACACCCAUCCGUCUUUGAACUUUCCACACCUUCUCUAUUCCACAAAUCGAAAAUGUUAUUCACCAACGCCCUCAUUUUCGCCCUCGCAGCCGUGACCGGCACGCAGGCUCUGGAGUUCCCUAACCCCACUGUGGGAUGCCACGACGAUAUGCUCGUCGACGUUGAAGAAGCGCGGCGCGCAGCCGAUCAGCUGGCGUCGACAUGCGACAGCGGCACGCCCGUGCUAAAGGACUCGAAGAUGCACAGCGCAUACGGCAGCGCCAUGGCCUUCGUAUGCAAUUGGGGCAAGGACUCGCAGGGUUGCUCGCACCAGGCAAUCAAUGAGGCCAUCCGCCUGGUCAACGCCGAGUGCGGCGAGAACGUGGGUGGCUACGUGCAGAUUGAUGCCUGGGCUAAGCAGUAUGGCCGCCUUAGCACCUCGUCCAACCCUUGCCCCAACUUAAACGGCUAAGAAGGGGGAGAUUCCUCGACCAGGACGGCUUUAAAGGGGGCUUGGAGUGUCAGAUCGGGAAACGGCUCUUCUUGUGCUACUUGGCACGGGGGUAUU